UUCGACUAUAGGAGAUAAUCUUGAGUUUUCUAGAUAUGAGCCUAAUAAACGCCCAACGGUUAUUUCGCGCCAAACCCCCUUCCUCGCUCUACCUCCCCCUCCACCCUCCCCUACCUCCCCCCAUUUUUGUAUACAAAAACAUUCCUCCACAUUUUUCAUAUUUUUCUUUUAUUUUUAUUUUAUUUUUUCAGUUGGACAGUGAAUCGCCUUUAAACCUUCAAAACAACAAAUAUAAUAACAUCAACACCAAAUUUUCAAUGGCUGCAGCAACAACAAAAAAGAAAGCUCCUAUUCUUGCUCAAAUUCGUAGACUUAAGCGAGAAGAGGAAUUUAAUGAUCAAAUGAGCGCUAAUGAUUACAACACUGAACCAGAAGAAGAAGAAGACAAUGACGACAAAUAUUAUGAAAGUUCAGCAAUAGAGGAUGACGAUAUUGAAUUUACCAACAGACUUAGCCGUCCACAACAACGUUUAAAUAGAGUUUGUAGUGGGGAUGGAGAGCUUGUUAAACUUCGAAAUGUUCAUAACAACGAGGAUGAUUUCUCCCCUCCUCCACCUUCAUUUACUACUACUCCAACUUCUCUUUCGUCCUUUUCUGCUUUAAAGGCGGCAACUGCUUUGGCUGGUGUUAAUUUGUCUUUGGCUAGAGGAACAAUUUCUAAAGACAACAAAAAGCGUGAAACAAAAACUAAUUCAAUGAUCCUUGGGACAAUAUGGUCAAUACGUCCUCGUCGUAAAAAAGAAAGUAAUGCUCAACGUAGUCUAGUCAAUUUAUGGGCUUCUCAAUCGCCUACAGAAAAUAUUAGUGCUAAUAUUGCUGCUGAUGUGUCUGUUGCUAAUAAAUCUUGUCCUAAUGGCAAUGGCGAUUUUAUGAACAAUUUCGCCGACCAACAGCAACUUCUACAACAACAAAAUUUAUCUCAACACCAAUCUUCUCUACUAAAUCAAAGUCCAAGUUCAACAACUGCAAAUGUUGGUAGUUCCUCACCAUUUUGUAGCCCAACAUCAACAACUACAGAUGGAAUUUUUCAUCAUAAUAAUGGGCCAUCUACAGCCUCUUCGAAUUUCUUCCCCCGUGCCCAACUACAGCAUUCGCGGUGGGCAGAUUUGGAAUUGUGGGCAGAACAAGAAACUAGUUGGACUGCAAAAUAUUGUGUUGGGAGUGAUAAUGAAUGUAGGGAAUUGAAAAAAUCUUAA